CUGGAAAACUGGUGCCUGUUCCCCCUUUCCCGUGUUUCUGAGCUUUCCUAUGGAGCACUGGAAGAUCCCGAGCCGCGGUCCGGCCCCGUCUUUGCCCAUUUCCCGUCGGGUGCCCUUCCCCAACUCCCGUUUCCCCGGGCAGGUGCUGCAGAGUUUCAAGAUCAUGGACUACAGCCUGCUGGUGGCCAUCCACAGCCUGGACCAGGCGCAGCGCGAGCGCGCGGCCGCCGGCGGCCACCGCGAGCGCGACGGCGACAGGGACGGGCGCGGCCGGCCCGCGGCGCAGAGAGCGCUCUACUCCACGGCCAUGGAGUCCAUCCAGGGGGAGGCCCGCAGGGGGGGCACCAUCGAGACUGACGACCAGAUGGGCGGAAUUCCCGCCCGGAAUUCCCGGGGGGAGCGGCUGCUGCUCUACAUCGGCAUCAUCGAUGUCCUGCAGUCCUACAGGUUCGUGAAGAAGCUCGAGCACUCCUGGAAGGCCCUGGUGCACGAUGGGGACACGGUGUCCGUGCACCGGCCCAGCUUCUACGCCGAGCGCUUCCAACGCUUCAUGUGCCACACGGUGUUCCGCAGGAUCCCACUGAAGCCCUCCCCGUCCAAGAAGAGCCGGGGCGGCGGCGCCGUUCCCAGGAGGAGCUGCCAGGGGGGGAUCCCGCUCCCGAACCAGCUCCCGGCCGCGGGGGACGCCCGGGCCGCGCCGGGCCCCGAGCCGGACCUGGAGCAAGGCUCCCGGCCGGAUCUGCUGCCGCGCUCGGUGCCGGACGCCGGCGGAGCCUCGGUGGCGCCGUCCCUGUCCCUGUCCCUGUCCCCGUCCCUGUCCAGCCCCUCCCUGGGCAGCGCCGGCGCCUCCCCCCCCAGCAGGUCCGUGGGGGUGGAGGUGCACCCGGGGCCCGGCGCGGCUCCCGCCCCCUCCCUGCCCAGCGGAUCCCCCGGCCCCUCCCUGCCCCUGGAGCUGGAGGAGCUGCAGGAGACCGAGAUCAGCUUCUGAGCACCUCGGGAUUCCUGCUGGAGCUGCCCCUGGAAAGUCCUCGGGAUUCCCCCGGAAUUCUGGGAAAACCCAGCACGAGAGGGAUGGAAACCUCGGGAACAGGCACCCGGAAUUCCCAGGGAUUCCCGGAUUUUGGGAUGAAAACACGGGAGAGAAUUCCUGGAAAAUUCCCAGCGGGAGUCGGAGCCGCGCCGAUUUUUUUGU